AUGUCUGAAAACUUUGGGAAUCAUUUGGUAGGUAAUUCUGAAGAUACUUGUGACUCUGAAAGAAUCGAUUUUAGGGUUCCAAAUAUGAAUUCUGCAGAAGAGAACUCUCGUUCUUUCUUUAUCCCUGAUGAAGUUAUUAAUGAAUGUCUGGAUGAAUGGAAAUUCAGUCUAAUCGGAAGAUUGGAUCUGGUCAAACUUAAGAUGAAUAAUGUUUCUGAAGCUUUACUCAAACAAUGUCAGCUCAAAGGUAAGGUUCAGUUUAUUCCUUUAGGCAAAGGUUUCUUUAUAAUUAAACUUGAUAAUUUGGAAGAUAGAAAUCAUAUCUGGCAAGGAUUUUGGAAAGUUGAUGCACAAAUUUUGAGUAUUAGGGCUUGGGAACCAAAUUUUAAUCCUGCAGCUCAAAAAACUACUUCUGCUUAUGUGUGGGUUAUCUUUCCUGGGUUAAGUAUUGAAUACUGGAAGGAAAGCAUUCUAAUGCAAAUGGGUAGUAUUCUUGGAAGAGCAAUUAAAGUUGAUAAAAUUACUCUAAAAAGAAUAGUGGGUUAUUAUGCUUGUGUUUUAGUAGAAAUAGAUAUCUCUAAAUCCAUUCCAAAUUCUAUUUGGGUUAAUUCUAAAUAUGGUAAAUUUGAACAGCCAAUUCAAGUACCAAAUAAACCAAAGUUUUGUAGCCACUGCAAGUCUCUAGGCCACUUUGUUAUUGAGUGUAGAACUAAAAGAAAAGAGAAUGCUCGAACUACUUCUGCUGAUGGGUUUAUUUCUAAGCCAAAAAAACAAUGGAAGCCAAAAAAGUUACAAUCUCAACAAAUAGGUUUUGAUAUUUGUGGUUCUACUCCUUCUGAGACCAAAAAGGACAGAGUUUCAAUUAAUACUUCUUCUGCUUCAACUUCAGCUCAUCAAGAUGUAUCUUCUGGGAGAUUUCAUUUAUUUGGGGUAGUCAAAGAGAUACACUGUUCUGACAUUAAUGUUCAAGUCACAAUUACUGCAUCUCAAACGGACCAGCCUAUCAUCACUGAAGACUCUAGUGACUCAAGUUCUAAAGAUGGUGAAAUUAAAGAGGUUAGUAAUUCAGACUUACUUCUUAGUAAUACACUUACUCCUCAUGUUAUCAUUUUGAGAAAUGAUCCUACUAGUCCUAAAAUAGUUACAAAGAAAAUUAUUACUGAAAAGAAAAAGGCUCCAGCAAAAGCCUACUAA